AUGCGUAACGCUGCGGUAAAUUGUACAGUGAACGAUGAGAAUUCGUUACAGGACGGAAGAAGCGGAGCUGAGAAAGCCGCGGACCAUGCUGACGUGGACAUGACCCGUGUAGACGUGGAAGCUGUCAGCGAUGACGAUUUGGAUGCUGAUUCUACCACCCCUGGUACCGCCCAGGUGAUCUGUUGCCAUGCCAUGCCUUCUAGUUCCUUCCACCACUUCCCACCCGACAAAACACCUGAACGGGAGCAAAAGUCAACCCAGCAAAGUUCAAGUUCAGCAGGGACUAAAGAAGGGAAAACGGUGGACACAGGAGGAGGAGAAGGAGGACGGGAGAAUGGAAGAGAGGAAGCGGAAAGGGGGCAGGGAGGCAAGGGGGGUGCAGGGGAGGCAGUGCCAGGCAUGGUGGUGGUGGUGAUGCAAGUGUUAGUGGAUGUGUACGUGCACAAGGACCUCUGGUACCUGCCUGCUAGAUGGAAGGGAGGGGCUGCCACUGCCGCUGUUCUCUCCCACCUCCGCUCUGAUUGGCCCAUGCAUCCGUGUCACCAGCCUUGUAGCACGCAGCGUGUUACAUCACCCCCUUCCUCCUCCGCCCCUCCCUCCCCCCUCCUCUCUCUCCCCCCCGACCUCCUCCUCCUCUCCCUCUCCCGCCUCUCCCCCACCGACCUCCGCUCUGCUGCUGCCACGUGUACACGCCUGCGCCAGCUUGCACUGCCAGCUGUACCCAGCCUGCCGCACCUCUCCCUCUUUCCACAUCAGCGGUCGGCUCUACAGUGGAUGAUGGGGAGAGAGAGGGGGGUCGUGGGGAGGGAAAGGGGGAGAGAGAGGAGGGGAGGGGUCCCGCAGGGUUUUGUUCGGAGCCCGUUAGUGAGUGUGUUGAGGAUGAGCGAGGAGGGGAGUGAGUGUGGUGGUAGUGGAGUGAGGAGUGUGAAGGGGAAUGGGCAGAGGAAUGGAGGGAGUGAGGGGAGGGUGAUGCUGUGUGAUGUGAUUACAGGGGGGGUGAGGUUCCUAUGGAGCAACGAGAGGAGAAGUGGAAGGGGGAAGAGAAAAAGCAGAGAGUGGGAAGCAGAGGAAAGCAAAGGUGAGCAGCACGAAAGCAUAAGUCUGCAAGAGGGCGAGAAGAAAGAAAAGGAGGCUCCGGGAUGUUCAGGCUCGGCAAACUUAGAGCCCAGCAGAUUAAGCAUGGUGCCAGACCUAAGGGACAGGUUCGGCAUGGUGCCGGACGUGCGGGGAGGUCUGUUUUGUGACGAGCCUGGGCUGGGUAAGACUGUGACUGCCUUGGCGCUGAUUCUUAAGACUAAGGGGUUGCUGCCUGCUGUGCCUAGGGGUUGCCGCCUGGUGGUUUGUGGGAGGAUGGGAGAGAAUGGGGUGGACGGGUGGAGAGGAGGAAGAGGAGGAGGAGGGGUGUGGAAAGGAGGGUUGCUGGGGUAUUACGAGAAGCUUCUACCUGGAGAGGCAAGGAAAGGGAAGGAGUGGGAGGGUGGGGGGGCGCGGGUGAAACAGGCGUGGCAUGGCAAUGCGAUUGGGGGAGGGCAGGAUGGCGUGGAUGAGAUUAGGGGGGAGAAGGGGAUGAUAGAGUGCGGUUUAGAGGAGAAGGAGGCUCAUAGGAAUGUGUUAAGUGUGGUGCAAGGGAGUGGCAACAGGUGUGAUGCGGUGCAGGGAGGUGGGAGUGGGAUGACAGAGGAGCUGUUAACUGGGGGCAGUGUGGUGAAAGGGGGGGGUGGCGGGGCAGAGUUGAAAGAUGGGACAGAUUUGAGAGGUGGGGCAGAGGGAGGGGAGGAGACUGCUGGGAGUAGGGCGAAGGGCGGGCGACGUGAGACGGGUGAGGGAAGGGAGAGGAGUGAGGGAGGAGAGAAGCACGAGGGAGAGAAAAAGGGCCAGGGAGGGAUGAAGCUUAGGGCAGAGGGAAAGAGCGAGGGAGAGCUAGAGACCAAGGGAGAGGAGAAGAGUGAGGGAGAGUUCAAGAGUGAGGGAGAGGAGAAGAGCAGGGGAGUGAAGUGCGGAGGGAAGGGGUCGAGGAGACCCAGAUGGAGUGCUGGCAGGAGGGGCAGUGCAGCAAAGGAGGUAUCUGAGGGGGCGGCACGGGAGACAGCAGUGGAGGCAUCAAAGAGUGCAAUGAGCCGAUGGGGAAAGGAUCCAAUUGCAAUGGUGCUUGCCUUGCAAGCGCCGAAUUUCAAGAGUCAGAUGGACGUGGGAGCUGUGCUGGGAUGGAGAGUGGUCCAGAGUGGUGUGCAGGGGAAUCGGAGAUCAGGGAUUUGUGCUGCUGACACCCCUGGGGUUGCUGAUGAUGGGACUCUUGUGACAGGCACUCAGGCUAGGAAGAACAGCAUCGAGGCAGGCAAAGAGGAUGGGAGGCAGGCAGUAGAUGUUUCUUGGAGUGAUGAUGCAGGCAAGGGUGGUGGCGAUGGAGAGGAGGAGGAGGCUGGGAGGAGAAGGAAAAGAAGGCACCAUGUUGGAGGUGGCAGAAGGAAUGGUGAGUGUGCUGCUGGUGAUGAUUUUUUUGGGUGGGGGAACGGUCACUCAGAGGGUAAAGAGGAGGGUAAGGAGGAAGGUAAAGAAAAGGGUAAGGAAGACGGUGAAAAUGAAGAUGGGGUGAGGUUCCAGGACAGCAGGAGGCGCUGGGAAGAAGAGGAGGAAGAGUCAGAGGAGGAGGAGGAGGAGGAGGAGGAGAGAGGGAGUGGUGAGAGGGAGGAUGAUGAUUGGGUGCCUUCUAGUGCGGGCAGUGACAGGCGAGUUGGCUCUUCUGCUCGUGCCAAGGACUCAACACCGGCCUCUCGUCUCUCCAGAAGGGCCUCUCGUUCCUCUGCACGGAUCACUCCCUCGUCUGCUCAUUCCCGUUCUUCCCAAGGGGCGAGGGGGGCAGCUGCAGGGAAGGUAAAGGAAGCUGUGAUUGAUGAUCGCAGAAGGAGCAGCAGAAGAAUAGAUGUGAAGGGCAGGGGUUCGGAAUGCGGUGAGGGGUUGAAGAGUGCAGCAGUGGGUGCAGCAGGAAUGGUGCAUGCAGGGAGUUUGGGGCAUGUUUCAAGCGAUGCAGAUAGAGUGGCUGAAACGGUUCUUGGGGGCGGGACACCCAAACGCAGGCGCACAGCAGUGCGUGCUCGUGGAGAGAAGAUUGUUGAGGCUUCUCAAUCAAGCAAGGUGCUAGAAGUGGUGCUAGAGGGUGGGAUGCCCAAGCGCGGGGCGGCAGCGGUGCGUGUGUGUGGACUAGAGGUUCGGGUGGAGGACGCAGAAAUGGUGAAGGAAGGGGAUAAGGGGGAUUGUAAGGUUGUGGUUGAUGGGGAGAAAGGGCAAGAGAAUAAGGGGGAUUGUAGGGAAGUGGACAAGGGGGAGAAGGUGGAGAAGGAGAUUGGGGGCAUGGACCAAGGGGAAAACGGGCGGAAAGAAUCAGAAAAGGGAAUGAGGGUUAACGAGAAGAAUGUGGGAGUGGUAACACGGAGCUGCGGGUUAGGGGUACGGGGCAAGAGGGGGAAGGAGGAGGGCAGGGGGAUGAUGGUGGAGGAGGAGGGAGGACAAAGGGCAGAGGCGGAUGGGCAAGACACAGGCUGGCAGCAUGUGACUGUAAAGGAUGAACAAGAAGCAGACUGGCAGGGCGUGACUGUAAAGGGCGAUCAAGAAGCAGGGAGGCAGCAUGUGACUGGAAAGGUGGCUAAGAUGAGCAGCGAGGGGCAGUGUGAGUCAGACGGCGAGGGUGUGAAGAAGGCUAUUGAGCCGACUCAAAAGGCAGUCUGCGAGCGGCAGUGUGAGACAGACGGCGAGACUGUGGAGAAAUGGCUCUCCUGCGACGAGUGUGGCAAGUGGAGGAAGGUUCCCGGGAGCUACACCUAUCCGGACGACCAGUUGUGGUUCUGUGGGUUAAACCCUGACCCUGCCCGGCGGGUUUGCGCCAACCCAGAGGAAUCUGCUAGUGCUGACUCAGACAUUUCCUCGUUGCCUGGAUUCUGCCCGGUUGAGGAAGCUUUUGACGGCGGGCUGCCCACAAAUGUUUCACUAUUCGUGGAGAGGAUCAAGGGCGGCUUUCGGCGGGCUGAGUCGGAGUUGGAGUGGAGUGACGUGGAGCAAGGGGUGAGGUGGCUUGCUCGGAUUGGUCCUGGAGAAGCAGCGAGGCUGGUUGCUGAUACUGGUGGGGCUGGGGAGGAGGAUAUUGGAGGAGCAGACAAAGGACGAGGGAGAGGAGUGGCGGGAGGAAGAGGGAGAAAAGUCGAGAGGGGAGGAGGGAGACGAGCAGAAAAGGUCAACAGGGGUGGUGGCAGCAGCCGCAAGGGCAGUGAAGCAGAGGAAGGGAGGGAUGUGAGAAGAAAAGGGCUGGUUCCCCCGGGGUGUGUGGGGCGUAGUGAGUGCUGCUCACACCUGCUCGCCUCCCUCGGGCUUGUGUGGCUGCCUGCCUCGGCCCACACACCUGGACACACAGCAAGGGGAGGACGAGUGCGAGGGGGUGGAAAUGGAGGAGGAGGGAGGAGAGUCAGUGGCGGCAGCAGAGGAGCAGGAGGAGGAGGAAAUGGGCCACGAGUAAGGGGGGGAGGUGGAGGAGGAAGAGGAGGUGGAGGAGGACGAGGAGGAGGUAGUGGUGCAGCAGCAGUGACAGCAGAGGCAGGAGUGACAGCAGAGACAGGCUCUGGGCUGACAGGGCUGGAUGUGCUCUCGGGCUUUAAUGCACUGUCUGGCCUGCAGAUGUUGACUGGUAGUCUUGGCGGUGUGAGUGACAGCACUGGUGGGAACUCGUCUCAUGUCUCUGGUGCUGUAAUGCCAACGACAAGGGCAAGCGCUGCUGCUGCUGGUGGCUGUCUUGGCGGUGUGGGUGUGGGCGGUGUGCGAGACAACACCCGGGGAAACUCGUGUCAUGUCUCUGAUGCUGUACCAAUUGAGGCGCCUCAAAAGUCUCAUGUCUCUGAUGCUGUACCAAUUGAGGCGCCUCAAAAGUCUCAUGUCUCUGAUGCUGUACCAAUUGAGGCGCCUCAAAAGUCUCAUGUCUCUGAUGCUGUGCCAAUUGAGGCGCCUCAAAAGUCUCAUGUCUCUGAUGCUGUACCAAUUGAGGCGCCUCAAAAGUCUCAUGUCUCUGAUGCUGUACCAAUUGAGGCGCCUCAAAAGUCUCAUGUCUCUGAUGCUGUACCAAUUGAGGCGCCUCAAAAGUCUCAUGUCUCUGAUGCUGUACCAAUUGCAAGCGCUGCUGCUGGGGAUCCGAUUCUUGAUGUCGAUGGCGCUGUUGCUGCUGAUGAUGUUGAGGGAGGAGGAGGAGAAGGAGGAGGAAGAGCAGGCGGAACAGGAGGAGCGGUGGGAGCGGCAGGAGCAGGAGGCACAGGAGGGAGAGGCAGGCGAGGCAGGCAAAGGGCCAGCCCCUACCAGAGUGCGCGUGGUGCGUCUGGAGGGUCGUGGGUGCUGCCUCCCUCCCUCUCGCCCCACCUCACCUUUGACUUUUCUUCCUUCCGCCACGCUCUCGCGAUUUUUGAGGGGCAGGGAGGGCCGGGAGGGCAGAGAGGGCAGGUAGGGAAGGAGGUGCAGGGGGGAGAGAAACGGCAGAGAAAGCAGAAAGAGCAGGGAGGUGGGGUAAGGCGAAAGGGGGAUAUGUUUACAGUUAGCACUGUUACCUGUGGUAGCAGCGAUAGUGCUGCUGCUGCUGCUGCUGCUGCUGCUAGUAGUGCUGACGUGGCACCAAGGGAUUACCAUUUCGUCUCGUCUGCUACUCUGAUUGUGGUCCCCACCACGCUCGUCAGCCAUUGGCUGACGCAGAUCUCCCGCCACGCGGCACCGGGGGCUCUGCGCGUGUUUGUGUAUGACGGGGCCAAUCAGAAGGCGCCAGCUGUCCACAGCUUGGCGUGGGAUUAUGAUGUGGUGGUAACCACGUUUAGCAGGCUGAGUGUGGAGUGGGGGGGAGGGGAGGAUGGAGAGAUGGGAUGGAGGGGGGAGGAGGGGGAUUGGGCGAGUGAGAGUGAGGGGUUUGGGAGUGAGCGUAUGUGGUGUAAUACAGAGGACGAGGAGGAGGAGGGAGAGGAGGAAGAGGGUGAGGAGGACCUAGGGAAGGAAGAGGAAGGAGAGGAGGGUGCAGGGACAAGGGAACGUGCGGAACAAGAUAAGAAAGCAACGGAGGGAGAAAUGAUGCAGAGAGCUGGAGGAGCUAGAUUGGGAGAUCGGAGUAGGAGGGGGGUCAAAAGAAGGUGGGAGGGACAAGCAGAUCAGACAAACAUCACCCACCAGUUGGGUUCUCUAAGGGGACGCACUCCCGGAUGCAGACAAGCAGAGCCACCCGGAUGGCCGUCUCAUGGAUGGCAGGACGGAGGUCGGUGGCCUCAGCGGGCGGCGAGGAAGCGGGUCCGGCUGGGAGUGAAGGAGAGCCGUCGGAUCGCGUCCCCGCUGCUGCGCAUCCAUUGGCUGAGAGUGAUUCUGGACGAGGGGCACACGCUGGGUGCCAGCCUGGCAGCCACGAACAAGCUGCGCAUGGCUGUGGCUUUGAGAGCUGCAAGGAGAUGGAUUCUCACAGGCACACCUACCCCCAGCACCCCGACCAGCCAGGCUAGUCGCUCCUCUUGCUGCUCCGACUACUCCCACCACUCUCCGCCACUCCCCACCACUUCCCACCCAAGCACUCCCGUCUUAACCAUUUACGGACGGCAGCAGGACGUGUGGGGAAAUAUCAACCCUUUCUUCACAUGCCUCACCUUUCUUUCCCCAUCCUCCUCUUGCCCUCCUUCACCCCGCCUCUCAAUCCCUGCAGGUUGCUCACCUCUUCCCGCUGCUCUCUUUACUGCACGAGCCCAUAUACGGUCGGCUGCAGGGCGUGUGGUAGCCCACCUCUUCCCGCUGCUCUCCUUCCUGCACGAGCCCAUCUACGGCCGGCAGCAGGGCGUGUGGGAGCGGGCGGUUCAGAAGCCAUUCGAGGCAGGCAGGCCUGAGGGGAGGCAGCGACUGGUGCAGGUGUUGACUCGGUGCAUGUUCCUGGGGCAGAAGAAGGACGUGCUCUCCAUUCCACGCUGUGACAGGAAGGUGUUAACUCGGUGCAUGUUCGUGGGGCAGAAGAAGGACGUGCUCUCCAUCCCGCGCUGUUCCAGGAAGGGGGGUGACCAUCUAGCUCUUACGGCUAACACCACUCAAGAUCCUAGGACCAUACUCUACCUCCCGCCGGCUCUGCCGUGCCCCUUGCGCCACUUAGCGCACCUCCCGCCGGCUCAGCCGUGCCCCUCGCGCCUCUCAGCGCACCUCCUGCAGGCUCUGCCGUGCCCCUUGCGCCACUUAGCGCACCUCCCGCCGGCUCAGCCGUGCCCCUCGCGCCUCUCAGCGCACCUCCCGCAGGCUCUGCCGUGCCCCUUGCGCCACUUAGCGCACCUCCCGCCGGCUCAGCCGUGCCCCUCGCGCCGCUCAGCGCACCUCCCGCCGACUCUGCCGUGCCCCUCGCGCCAUCUCGGCGCCCCUCUCCUCACCACGUCCGCCCGCCGCGACGAACGCGCCCAUGGUGUCGUCCACCUCCCCUCCCUCCCUCCUCCUCUCAUGGCCGACGAAUCAACCUCGCUUGAGCUUGCCUCCAUCGACAAGCUCGAGCUCCUCAACGGCACCACCGCCGUCAAUUGGGUGUCGUUUGAGGAGAGCCUCUUCACGUACCUGGGCUCCGUUCGAGUGGGAGAUUACUGUCUCCUAGAUGUUGUCCUCGAAACACCUAAUGGCCUCCCCCCCACUCCGCCCCCACUCCCAGGCUCCUCCCCCCCCGACGCCCCACCACUCCCGACCGAACCUGCCCGCCAAGCCCCUAUCCUAGGGGCUUGGGAGGAUGAUCCGGACAGGUGGGCUCGCACGCUCAACAAAUACAACAAGGAGCGGGACGACUAUGUCAUCAAAAGCAGAGCACACGCAGCUGCCAUCGCCGAUCACGAAGCUGCCGCUGCAAAACUUGCAGAAUUCAAAGCCGCCUCCGAAGAGUACUCUGCUAAGCUCCGUAAGCACCACUCCGAUACAGCUGCAUGGCGCAUUGCUGACCGCCGUGCACUUACUAUCUUCUCAUGCGUUCCCUCCUCUCUCAAGCGUGACCUUCGCCCCCCAUCCUCCCCCUCCCUCUGGAAGUCUCUCUCCUCCCAAUAUGAUCGCCAGGACUUACGUUCCCUCCUCUCCCUCUUUCGCACCUUCCAAGACAUCACACUGGACUCCUCCCUCAACGCUGCUUCCUUCGCUCGGCGCCUCACAGACACUGCACAACGUCUCAAUGAUCGUGGCAUCUUGAUCUCCGACACCCUCCUCACAGCGCGCAUCCUUGACUGCCUCCCACCCACCUACGACACUUAUCGCAUCAAUUUCACCUCCCAGCACAUCCGUCCUCCUCCUGUGGCUGUUACCAUCGACUGGCUCAUUGACAGUGAGGCUGACCUUCUACGUGAAUCUGCCUCCAUCAAUGCCGUUCACGCGCGCAAAGGAACAAACACCGGCGGAAGCAGCGGGGGCGGACCAGGACCUGCAACUGCUGCAACUGCUGCACCUGCUGAACUACCCACCUCCCCCUCUCACCCCCCCGGCUUUACACCCCCCCUCACUCCAGAUCCACUGCGCAACCGCUCCGCGCUCCUGACUGCACCACCACGCAGCCGAGCAGCAGCACUUCCAUGCCUCAGAUUCGACCUCCAGCGCAGCUGUCUUGCAUCUUCACCACCCCCUCUACCUCCUCCUCUCUCUCCUCUCUUCUAUGAAGACACCCACGACGAACUCCUCUUCCUCCACCUCCUCGCGCCCUCCAUCGCCCCCAUCGUCCGCACCAUGGCGGGCACUCCAGCUCUUCUUUUCUCGGGCACCCCCACCAUCUUCGAACCCACCACGUAUGAGGAAGCUAUUGCCUGCCUCGACGCACCGCUCUGGAUUGAAGCCAUGGUGAAGCUUCUCUCCUUCUCCCCCCAGCACGCUGCGUCCUACAACGAGUUUGUGAAGCUUCUCUCCUUCUCCCCCCAGCACGCUGCGUCCUACAACGAGUUUGUGAAGCUUCUCUCCUUCUCCCCCCAGCACGCUGCAUCCUACAACGAGUUUGUCGAGACAGUUCAGCGAAACCUGCUGCUCGCUGAUUGGAUGGAUCCAUCCCACGAGGAGUCGCUCUUAAACCCCCGGAACUUGAAGCAGGCCAAGCAGACGCUCAAUAACGUGCGCCUCUCGUGCUGCGUCGCUGGGCACAUGGAAAGUUACGACCUGCCCGGGGAUAUUGACGAGACCAUGCAGCAGCUGGUGCAGGGUGGGCUGGAGCCCGGCUCGGGCAGGUUUGAGGAGAUUCGGGCAGCUUUGAAAGGAGGAUGCUGCUGUGAAAGGUGUGGGGAGUGGGUGCGUCUUCCCAUAAUCACCCCCUGCCCGCACCUCCUGUGCAUCACGUGUGUGGCAGCAGACAAGCACGCAUGCGCCAUGCCGGGCUGUGCACGGCCGUACCGCAUGCAGGAGCCCAAGGACAUGAAACGCCCAGAGAAUGCCAACCCUAAGUGGAGCGUGCCGCAGGACCUGAUCGAGCUGCAACCAUCGUAUGAGCAGGAGCCCAAGGACCUGAAGCGACCAGAGAAUGCCAACCCCAAGUGGAGCGUGCCUCAGGAUUUGAUCGAGCUGCAGCCAUCGUAUGAGCAGGCGGGGUCCUUUUGGGGCUUGGCUGGACACAGCGAGCACCUCGUCUCACCCUCAUUCUCCCCUUUUCUCCCACCUUUCCUCGUUCUCCUUACCACUCCUCGUGUGCAGAGGGAGUGGCAUCUGGAGUGGCAGGCCACAGCCAGCACCAAGGUGGACUACCUCCUCUCCCAACUGCGCCUGCUCGCUCCCCCACCACCAUUGCGGGAUUCGGACGAGCAGCUGCUGUCACAUUCAGCACAGUCACCAGCGGCAGCACAGCCAUGCAUAGUACCGCAAGCGUCAGACGAGCCACUGGCUGGUUGCACAAAAUCACUCUCAAGAAGCCCAGAAAGGGGGUCUGAUACGGCAGAGCAUGGGGACGGGGUGGCGGAUGGCUGUGCAGCCCAGGCCAUGGAAGCACAUGGUCCUGUGGCUGCUGCUGGGGGCUAUGGCGGGGAGACGGGGAGAUACGGCGGGGAGAAAGGGGCAUAUGGUGGAGGAAAGGGGGGGUACGGAGGGGAGAAGGCGAUAGUGUUCACGCAGUUUCUGGAGCACAUAGCGCUGCUGGAGGCGCAGCUCACACUCGCCGGUGUCAACUUCGCUGGGCUCUACAGCCCACGGCCUCAAUCCGUCAAGGUGAGUCCCAUUCCGUUCAAGUUCAGUCCCAUGUUGUUCAAAGUAAGUCUUGUUAUGGAGCAGGUAGGGUAG